UAAGACAACCCAUUCACUAGGUUGCAGACCUUCCUUGCCUUCAUCCGUUCUCGACAAGCGAGACGUGUGAUGCAUUGAAGGGGGCGCAAAAAUUGCUGAUGGACCAUGCCCUGAGAUGUCAUGAGCAAUCGCCUUGAUUAGCAUUCGUCUCCACCGCUCCACCUUGGUCCGAGCUGUGAAAGGUGGUGAUCACGAUGCCAUGCAUUAUGCAAUGGCUAUGCACAUGUCAGUGCGACCUGCAGCUUACGCGUUCGCUCGGCCAUUCAGGGUUUCGACCAUGACUUUUGCCACUGAUUCAUGUUCAUCGAAGGGCUGCUCGCCCCCGCCGGCCGAGAAAGCGCCCAAGAUGCCAUCGUACAAGUCUUGGACCCUGGCACGUCUCCAGGAGGAAGCCGGAAAGUACUCCUUUCGGCCAUCAAGCAGCAACAAAGAGCUCGUAGCGCGUCUCGAAAGAGUUUGGCAAGCCGUCCAUGGAUUGCCGAAGGAGAUGCGGCCACCCUCGGCAGAAUGCCCCUCUGGCACCUCCAUUCGCUCACGUGCCACAAGGAGCAAGAAAGCGUAUGCUCUAGAUGAGGAGUUCAGCGUCAUCUGGAUCGGCUCCUCUGAAGAUAGCAGCUCUUCAGUUGAGGUCGCCACGGCCAUAUGUGUGGGUCCACAGGCAACUGAGCGAGGGGUUCUGAAUGAAGACACGACGGGCAGCGAUGUGCCUCUCACCUCUACACCACUGCGCAAAGGUCGGCCGCGCAAGUUGGUUUCUCCUGCCAUAGCAGGCGACAGCGUCCAAUCUGCUACUUCUGGAUCGACAGAAGGAAAGAGCGCCGACAAGAGAAAGCCUCGGCGUCAAUGCAAUGAUGCGAAGACUACAGUAGCAACCGCAAAUACGACUAAAGUGACCAAAGAAAAGACAAGGGCAAAGGAGCAUACGAGGGGGAAGGGGAGAGGGAAGGUCGCUGUGGAAGGCGAUGCCGGUGACCCGGAGGAUGACGAUGACUUCAUCUCAUCUCCUUCAUCUGCAGAUGAAGCGGAACAAGCGGAAGAGUCUGCCGCAGCGAUCGCGGCCCUAUCCGCUACUCCUUCCUCCCUUUUCGGCUGCGGCACAUUGAAGUCCUUACACCUAAAGCAAGCGGUGCAGGAUGACGCACAGCUCUGGCGACGAAUCCUGUUGAUGGAGCCGAUACCACUUGAUGAAUUCGUCAGCAUCGCGAAUCGACCAGCCAGCCGAGGCGGCGCUGGCCUAGGCAUCAAAACGGUCAAGCACCGCUUGGAGCUCAGGAAUUGGCUCGAGAUGCAGGGCAUCUGUACUUUCGCUGACGAGCUCACAGGAAAUCGACGGACACACUGAAACGUUCCUCUGUACCGAAAAUGUUGAACCAUUAUUCUGCAGCCCCCUUGCCCGUCUCCCCGAUAUCUUCCCACCACACCUCUGUACACUCUUCAAUGAAUCUCUUCA